UCUUAGUUUCAUUUUGUUGUUGUACCACUCUGGUCAUAAUAUGAUAGCUAUUCAUAUAAUUUUAACUACUUUGAUAUGCCUUUCUGUAGAAACUAAUACUACCGAGAAUGAUGAAAAUAAAUUUCAAAAAUUGUGUUUGGACCAAGAAUUUUGUGACGACUGUUUACAGGCGCAUAAAUCUUGUGAAUGGUGCUAUCAGGAAGAUUUUCAUGACAGAAGAUGUAAUAUUGCAUUUUCAAAAUGCGAUCCGAACAAAAUCGAAAGAAACUCCCAAAAGUCAAUGUCAAUAGGAAAAAAUGAACAAUUUUCUGUGAUUCCAGAACAGGCAAGUGCUGAACAAAUGAGAGAAAUUAUUCAAAUCAAGCCUCAGAGUGUUGAUUUGACUCUUAGAAAAGGGGAAGCUGUCACCUUCAAUUUCACCUACAAACCUGCUUCAAACUACCCACUCGAUUUAUAUUAUCUCGGAGAUCUCAGUGCAUCAAUGGAACAUAAUUUGGAGAUUUUGAAAACUCUCGGAAAUAACUUGAAAACAAGCCUUACUGAUCUUACCAAAAACUACAAAUUGGCGUAUGGAUCAUUCAUGGAUAAAACAGAUAUGCCUUUUUACUUCACUGAUCCUGAAAGUUUGAACAAUCCAUGUUACAGUCUUCUGAAGAAGUGUGAGAAAGGUUACCUUUUCAGGCAUAGGCUGAACUUCACUGAUAACACCAACAAAUUUUCCGAAGUGGUUAAUAACAGCACAAUUACCGCCAACGUGGAUGAUCUAGAUGGUGCACUCGAUGCAAUUUUGCAAAUCUUGGUCUGUGGAAAAAAGAUUGGUUGGUCAAGCUUCUCCCGGAAAAUAAUUAUUUUGCCAACUGAUAGUCUUUUGCACACAGCUGGAGAUGGCAAGUUAGUAGGUGCUGUGCUGAAACCAACUGAAAAAUGUAUGCUGGAUGAAACUGGAAAUCAUGCUGAACCGUUGAAGUAUGAUUAUCCAUCUUUGGAGCAGAUCACAAUAUUAAUGCAACAGAAAAAGGUCAAUAUCAUUUUUGCAGUGAAGGAUGGACCUAAAUUCAAAUACUACGAGUCACUCAGCAAGUCUUUAUUGACGGACCAUAGUUUUGUUACAAAAUUGGAUCCAAAUUCUGGGAAUAUUCUUCAAGUAAUAGAGGAAGGUUACUAUAACUUCGCAGAGCAAGUGAAUUUUUACAUCAAUACUACAAAUCACCCAAAUAUCAAGGUGGAAUUCGAAGCUGACUGUGAAAAUAAAGGCCGAUUCAACCGAACUUCCUCAUGUUAUGGAAUUAAAGAUAAACCUGUAAACUUCAGAGUGACCCUUACGCUCGAAAAACAUCCAGAAUAUUCAGAAAGGGGACAAAUGGAUACAUUAUUCGUCGAGGAAAAAAAUAUUGCAGAGAGACUGGAAGUUUCUAUAUCGUACGCGGGAAUUUGUAAAUGUGUGAAUAAGUCAAAAGUAGAACACUGCGAGAAUGGGGAGAUCGAUGGAUGUGGAGACUGCAUCUGCAAACAAGGCUGGAAAGGAAAAAACUGUACCGAAGAAUGUGAUGAAACGACUGUUUCCUGUAGGAAACUCGAGAAUGGAAAAUAUUCACAAUUGUGUAGCGAAAAUGGUGUAUGCGAGUGUGGCAAAUGCAUAUGCAAGGAUUCUUAUUAUCAGGGAAAGUACUGCGAAUUCGAAUGCCCCCUUUACAAGAACCAAAUAUGCGGAGGACCUGCACAAGGAGAAUGUAUCGAGGGAAAAUGUAUUUGCGAAAGUGGAUACGUCGGUGAAACUUGUUCUUGUUCUCUGUCCACUAUCGAUUGCACCUUCGAUGGAACAGUUUGCAGUAAAAGGGGAACAUGUGAAUGCAAUCGAUGUAAAUGUCAAGAAGGUUUCUUUGGAAACUACUGCGAGUCCAACAGAGAGAACAAUAACACAAUAUGUGAAACCUAUGACUCCCCAGUUGAGGAUUUUGUUGUAGGGAAAAAUAUCACCGAUAAUAAUGCCGAAGAAAACCAUAGUCGAAUCAAAAUAUUUGAACAGAAGGAUCUGAAGGAAUCCAAUUGUGGCGAGAUCUGUUCGACUGUGAUAUUCGAUGGAAGCAGCCGUUGUGAAGUUAAUUUCUGUUACUACGCUUAUAACGAAUCCAUAUAUUUACCAAUAGUGAAAAAGUGUUUCAUGACUGCAGGUUUCAUGGGAACAAUAGGCGGAGCACUUAUAGCUCUUUUCACCUUCUUAGCGGGCAUAGCUAUCAUUUUGAUGGUGAAGUGGAAACGAGAUCGAGCAGAUCGACUUGAAUAUGAAAGAUUAAUUAAAGAACAGGGCAAUUUUAGGGGAGAAAAUCCUUUUUACAAAUCUCCCGUUACUAUUUAUUUGAAUCCUAUGAGAGGAAGAGAGCAAAACAAUUGAAAUAAGUUUGUUUUGUUGAUAAAAGAUAAAACUGGAACCUCUGGCGUAGAAAUAAUCACCUGUGUUUCACCAAAGUCAGGAGUAAUGCUUUUCUGGUUAUUGGAAAAAUCUUGUUUUUGAUAGACUCUUUUGAAUGAAAUAUUUUUUAUUUAACUUUUUUUCGAUAAUAAUAAAUCAUAUACAGUUUAGAAGCUGAA